AUGGACUAUUCUAGAUUGUUGGUUUUGCUUACUCUAGCUUGCAUAGCUAUUCGUCUACUCUCCAAUCGCUACAAACACGGACUACGCGACAUCCCUGGCCCCUUUGUCGCAAAAUACAGCCGAUUGUGGAAAUUGCAUAGUGUGUGGAAAGGCAAUCACCAAGAUACUGCCGUUGGUCUUCACCAGACGCAUGGUCCUUUGGUCCGUAUUGGCCCAAGACACAUAUCUGUUGGAGAUCCAGACGCGAUCCCAGUCAUAUAUGGAUUAAACAAAGGUUUUACCAAGACGGCGUUCUAUCCUAUUCAAAGCAUUUCGUGGAAACAGAAGUUUCAAAUGAAUUUGUUCUCCACUCGAGAUGAAACGCAUCAUAGAGAGCAAAAGCGAAAUAUUGCCAAUGCGUAUAGCAUGACCUCGCUUCUGGAGCUUGAGCCAGCAGUGGACUCGUGUUCCGAGAUAUUCAUUUCUCAAUUACGACAGUUCGCCGAUCGAAAGACACCUGUUGACUUGGGAACCUGGCUUCAAUACUAUGCGUUUGAUGUGGUUGGUGAAUUUGUCUUCGCAAAAAAACUAGGCUUUCUUCAGGAAGGAAAGGACAUUGACGGCAUGAUGCAAGCAAUUCAAGGUAUGCUGGUCUAUGCUAGUGUAUGUGGCCAAGUUCCUGAGAUGCAUCCUUUACUUUUGGGAAAUCCACUUUUCCCGGUCUUGAUGCCUAGCAUGGAGACCUGGAACCAGGUUCUUAUGUUUACCUUGAAGGCAAUGAACUCACGCUCCUCGAUAAGGCGUGACGGAGAGCUGGAUCAUGAUGAAAUGAACGGGGGGAAAGAUAUGAUGUCUAAGUGGAUGGCAGCUCAUAAUCUGGACCCUCAAAGGUUGUCUACAAGAGAUGUCAUUGUACACCUCUCGGGAAAUGUUUUUGCAGGCUCGGAUACUACUGCCAUCGCACUCAGAGCGAUCGUCUAUUUCCUCUUGUGCAACCCACCAGCCAUGACUAAGCUUCGAACCGAGAUCGACGGCGCGGAUGGUCAAGGCAAGCUUGGAAACCCAGUAUCUUACCGAGAGUCUGUGACACAUUUGCCUUAUCUUUCUGCGGUUAUUAAAGAAGCCAUGCGUCUCCAUCCUUCCGUCGGACUGAUUCUGGAACGAGAAGUCCCAAAGGAAGGUGCCUUCAUUUGCGGAAAACAAAUCCCAGGCGGCACUAUUGUUGGUAUCAACGCAUGGGUUUUGCACAGAAAUGCUGAAGUAUACCCUAACCCAGACUCAUUUCUUCCCGAGCGUUGGCUGGAUAACCCCCCGAAAGGCUGA